UGUGGACCGAGGCUGCCCCAGACCCUGAAGUAGUGACACCCAAGGGGAAGGAGAGGAGGAGAAUUAUAAAGUAGGCAGGGACUUACUUGGGGGCGAGACAGCCGAGGCUAGCUCUCGCUGGGCAAGGCAGAAGCUUCGGCCACUCCCAACAGAUUUUCUCUCCUCUUAAAAAAAGUCCAUUUGGAUUGCGAGAACAACUCGGAGGAAACGGAUCCCAACUUUUUUCUGGAGAAGAUGCUCGGGCCCUACUGAGUCCCAAAGCUCCACAAAGUUUCUUCUCCCCUGCCUGUCUGGGUGUCCCCCGCCCCAGGACCAUCGGAUGACCAGUUUCUCAGGAGGAAAAUCCCCUUGAAGUGGAGCCUCAAAGAUGUUCCAAAAGCUAUUUCCCACACUCCUGGUCUGGGGCCUCCUGGGAUCCCUUCAUGCUCAACAGCAAGAAGCAUUCCUCGAAGGCAGCACCACGGAGAGAGCCAGCAACUGCCCAGAGAAAACAGACUGCCCCAUCAAUGUGUACUUUGUCCUGGACACCUCAGAGAGUGUGACCAUGCAGUCUCCCAUAGACAGCCUGUUGAGCCAAAUGCAGCAGUUCCUUCUCCAGUUCACCAGCGAGCUGAAGAACCAGCACUACCGUGACCAGGUAGCCAUCAGCUGGCACUAUGGAGGCUUGCACUUCUCUGAUGAGGUGGAAAUAUUCAGCCCCCUGGGCAGCGACGAAGCCACCUUCAAAUCCAGGCUCCAGAAAAUCAGGUCCUUCCGCCGAGGCACCUUCACAGACUGCGCCAUCGCCAACAUGACCCAGGAAAUCAUGAGAAAUCCCAGCAAGGGCACGAACUUUGCCAUAGUAAUCACUGACGGGCAUGUGACCGGGAGCCCAUGCGGCGGCAUCAAGAUGCAGGCUGAAAGAGCCCGGGACAUGGGCAUCAAGCUCUUCUCGGUGGCCCUCAACCAGAACAAGAAUGAACACGGGCUUCGAGAAAUCGCCAACCUCCCCCAUGAGCUCUACCGAAACAACUACCUCACCAUCAGAGAGGACUCAUCUAUUGACCAGGACACCAUUGACAGAAUCAUCAAGGUCAUGAAACACGAAGCAUAUUCAGAGUGCUACAAGGUGAGCUGCCUACAGAUCCAAGGUCCUCCUGGUCCCAAGGGUUAUCGAGGACAGAAGGGUGCCAAGGGGAACAUGGGCGAGCCAGGCGAACCUGGGCAGAAAGGACGGCAGGGAGACCCAGGCAUUGAGGGGCCCAUUGGCUUUCCCGGACCCAAGGGUGUCCCUGGUUUGAAAGGCGAGAAGGGUGAAUAUGGUGGAGACGGAAGAAGGGGAGCUGCUGGGCUGGCAGGCAAGAAUGGGACAGAUGGACAGAAGGGGAAGCGGGGACGCAUUGGACCCCCUGGCUGCAAAGGGGACCCUGGUGACAGAGGCCUUGACGGUUACCCGGGGGAAGCCGGAAGCCCGGGAGAACAAGGGGACCAGGGCAGCAAGGGAGAUUCUGGCCGCCCAGGACGCCGAGGACCGCCAGGACUGGAUGGAGAGAAAGGAAAUCCGGGUUACCAAGGUAACAACGGAGCCCCUGGAAGCCCAGGUGUAAAGGGAGCCAAAGGAGGACCAGGACCCAGAGGACCCAGAGGAGAACAGGGUCGUCGAGGAGAUCCAGGGUCCAAAGGCGGCCCAGGAAAUGAUGGGCCAAAGGGAGAAAAGGGAGACCCUGGCCCCGAAGGACCCAGAGGCCUGGCAGGAGAAAUUGGAAACAAAGGAGCCAAGGGUGACCGUGGCUUGCCUGGGCCCAGAGGACCUCAGGGCAACCUUGGAGAGCCAGGAAAGCAGGGAUCACGUGGGGACCCAGGAGAUGUUGGUCCCAGAGGAGACUCAGGACCUCUAGGACCCAAGGGAGACCGAGGUCGACCUGGCUUCAGUUACCCUGGACCUCGAGGAGAACCGGGAGAAAAAGGCGAGCCUGGACCCCCAGGCCCAGAGGGUGGAAGAGGGGACUUUGGCAUCAAAGGAGCCCCAGGAAGAAAAGGAGAGAAAGGAGAGCCGGCAGAUCCUGGCCCCCCUGGAGAGCCUGGCCCCAGAGGACCCAAAGGAUCUCCGGGCCCAGAGGGUGAACCUGGUCCCCCUGGAGACCCUGGCCUGACGGAAUGUGACGUCAUGACCUAUGUGAGGGAGACAUGCGGCUGCUGUGACUGUGUGAAGCACUGUGGAGCUCUGGACAUCGUGUUUGUCAUUGACAGCUCUGAGAGCAUUGGCUACACCAAUUUCUCACUGGAGAAGAAUUUUGUCAUCAAUGUGGUCAACAGGCUUGGUUCCAUCACCAAGGAUCCCAAUUCAGACACAGGGACUCGCAUCGGUGUGGUUCAGUACAGCCAUGACGGGACCUUUGAGGCCAUUAAGCUGGACGAUGAGCGGAUUACCAGCCUUUCCCAAUUCAAGGAGGAGGUGAAAAAGUUAGAGUGGAUCGCGGGGGGCACCUGGACACCCUCGGCCCUGAAUUACACCUACAACGCACUCAUCAAGGGCAGCAGGCGGAAGAAGACAAAGGUGUUCGCGGUCGUCAUCACAGAUGGGCGCCACGAUCCCCGCGAUGACGAACAGUCCCUGACAGCCUUGUGUAACACGGUUGAGAACGUCGUGGUCACGGCCAUUGGCAUCGGGGACAUGUUCAACGAGCAGCACGAGAGCGAGAGCCUGAGGUCGAUCGCUUGCAACCAGAAGGGCCAAGUCCGCAACAUGACCUUGUUCUCCGACUUGGUGGCUGAAAAGUUCAUCGACGAGAUGGAAGUUUUCCUCUGCCCAGAUCCACAGAUUGUCUGCCCCGACCUUCCCUGCCAAACAGAACUGUACGUAGCCCAGUGUACCCAACGGCCUGUUGAUAUUGUCUUCCUGCUGGAUGGCUCAGAGAGGAUCGGGGAGCGCAACUUCCACAAAGCCCACCGCUUUGUGGAGGAGGUGGCACGGAGGCUGACCCUAGCCCGGCGACACGACGACUCCAUGAAUGCCCGGGUGGCCCUCCUCCAGUACGGCAAUGAGAGGGAGCAAGAGGUCGUCUUCCCGCUCACCUCCAACCUGACAGUGAUCCACAAUGCCCUCAGCAACAUCCGAUACCUCAACUCCUUCUCCCACAUCGGCACCGGCAUCAUACAUGCCAUCAACAACAUCGUCAUGGACCAGCAGGCGGGCGCCCGCCGUAAUGCUGAGCUCUCCUUUGUCUUCAUCACUGAUGGCAUCACAGGCGAGAUGAGCCUGAAUGAGUCACUCCACUCCAUGAGGAAGCAGGAUGUCGUGCCCACCGUGCUGGCCCUGGGGAAUGACGUCGACAUGGACCUUCUCAUGAAGAUCAGCCUGGGGGAUCGCUCCGCCAUCUUCCAAGAGAAGGACUAUGACAGCCUGUCCCAGCCCAGCUUCUUCGAUAGGUUCAUUAGAUGGAUCUGCUAGCUCUCACCCAAAGUUUCAGAAGGCACAUAUCCCAAGCAUUCCAUCUCACCCCCACCCUGUCCUGACCCCGGAACACAGAUGUCCACAGACCCCUGAGAUACGGUCCCGCUCCUCUCUUCUGAUUUCAGCCAGUGAUGGGGAACUCCAUGCCUUAGCCCAGAGGGACUCCCGCGAAGAUGGAGCACCCCUGCAGGCCAGGCAGGGAACGGAUCUGGAUUCUUCGUGAUGAAUCACGAGCAGUAAAUAGUCCUAAACUCUUAAUGGUGCUAAUCGAAAACAGGAACGCAGAAGGACUCCAAGUCAUAGCCUAACCUUUCCAAUGCUUCUUCAAGUACCAAGUAGUUCCCCACUCUGCGUGCGUGUGAGUGCAUGUGGGGUGCAUGGGUACACAGAUUCAUAUCAGAGGCAUUUUUAGAAGGGAAACCUCAGUGUCCCCCUACGAUGAGGCACAAGUGGCCUCAUGAGUCUCCAAGAUGAUCCCAGGGGGCUUUCCUUUCAUUGUUCCCACACUAGUCCUGAUGAAGUCCAGAUUAUUGACCUUCCAGUCCCAUCUUUGAGAUGGAUUCUCAUGUUCCCUUGACCACCCCCACAGCCCCGGAGAGGUGGAUGCAGAGCUUCCAGGGGAGUGAACAAGUAAACAGACACAUAAUCAGAGCAGCGCUGACCAGUGCUGGUGGGGAGCCAGUCCCCCUUCAGUCCAUCCCACGCACAUGGCAGAAUGCUUUUCCUGGAGCGUCAUGGUCGCCUCACCACCUCCCCACACCAGGACCUGCAAGGCCUCUCUCAUACCUCUUGCACCCACCAUGAGCAUCGUGGCCUCCCCAUCUAACACCACCGAGCAGGGAGACAGACUGCCACCUCCAAAACCUUCGACCGAGGGCCCCUGUCCCUGCCCCCUCCUUCCCAGCAGCCUCUCCCCACCUCCCCGCCAAGUUCCGCGAUGAGGGAACUUGAGCUUUCUCUUUCCUUGCCCUUGCCCCAGUCACCCCUUUGAAAUCCAGCCCCAGGUGCCCGUUUCUCCUUGGAUGGUUCCGUGCCUUCUUAGCACUCCUACAUUGCUUUUCCUGCUUGCUGAGAGAGCUGCUCAGUGCAUUUCCUCCAUCGGUGCUUCAUCUGCCCCACCUUGAUUUCAAGAGCAAAGAUCCCAUCCUUCUCGUGUGAUGGAGGAGGGCUACACACACUCGGUACCGCAUAAGUGCUCAUCCAUUGGCUCACCCCCAGCUGCAGAGAGCCUUGUUCUUCCCAAAGUGGUGCGCCUCUGCUGGUCUCCUACUCCCUCCCUGCACUUGGGUCAGCCUUCCCUUUCAUUGCCACCAUGUGCUCCAUCAUGAGUGAGCUCAGGCCUCCCUCAGAAAAGGCAGUUAUGCCAGGCUGUUGACCUCAUGCUGUUCCUGACCUGGGCCUGGGAUAAAACUCCUGAUGCUGUGUUUGCUAUAGUUAGGACCCCCACAACAUGCCUGCUGACUUCCUACAAAUCCCACUGGGGCUGCAGACCUCCUCCUCACCUCUCCUCUUGGCUGUCCUGGAUCCUCUUCCAUGAGAAGCUAUGGGAUCCCAUGCCUGCCCCCUUGUAGUUACAUGUGUCACUGGGGGCAUCAGGCUCAGCCACACAAUUAAAAUCCAACACAUUUCUUCCAGAAACAAACUUUGUGACAUUUGACCAAUAAACUUUUUCCUUGCCUCCCAAUA